UUUCAGGAGUGUCAGUUUUGCUUAUUUUAGGGGUGACAAGAAAGAAAAUGACUACUUUAUGUGAAGAUUCUCUACUUGAACAAGAGAAUGUGAGCUAUACCCUCACACACAAACUGACUCAAGAACAAGAAAAUUACUACAUGGUGUCAGCUCUCCGACAUGUUGCCUCCGGUACCGGCGAUGACGGUGAAGCUGCUCAGCUUUUGUUGGAAGUUGAAAAUGCUAGUAGUGGUAAUUUGCCAUGUAGGAGCAUUGAUGUGGAGUUAGAGAAGGGGAAGAAGAGGAAGAAGAGAAAUACAAAGAAGGAAUUUAGGGGAGUGAGACAAAGACCAUGGGGCAAAUGGGCUGCGGAGAUACGUGACCCGCAUAAAGCCCAACGACUUUGGCUUGGUACUUUUGCUACUGCUGAAGAUGCUGCUAGAGCUUACGACAAAAAAGCUAUAGAAUUUAGAGGUGAAAGGGCGAAAACCAAUUUUCCAAUUACAGAAUAUGCUGCGGUUAAUGAUGAGAUUAACAUGUCGCCAACAGUAGUAAUGGAAGAAGAGAAAGAAUUAAUACAAGUCACUAAUGGUGAAAAUAGGAGUAAUAGUAUGCAAAAUUGUGAUGAGGACGACUUUUGGGAGACGUUAGAAGAUGAUGCACUUGUCAAGCAGAUAACACAAAAUAUGAUCCUCUAUUCCACAAAAUUGAGCUUAGAAAAAAAAAUGAAUAGAUUCUUUCAAGAUUUUCUACUUGAAGAAAAUAACAGUUAUUCCCUCGCACACAAACUGACUGAAAACCAAGAACUUUACUACAUGGUGUCAGCUCUACGACAUGUUGUCUCCGGCUCCGGCGACGUCCGAGCGGACGGAGAAGCUGCUCAGCUUUUGUUGGAAGAUCAAAAUGCUAGUGGUGGUAGUUCAUCCACGUCAGCUAUUUCGAUGCCACGUAGGAGCAGCAUUAAUGUGGAGUUGGGGAAGGGGAAGAAGAGGAGAAGGAGGAAUAUGAAAAAGGAAUUUAGGGGAGUGAGACAAAGACCAUGGGGAAAAUGGGCCGCGGAGAUACGUGACCCGCAUAAAGCCCAACGACUUUGGCUUGGUACGUUUGUUACUGCUGAAGAUGCUGCUAGAGCUUACGACAAAAAAGCUAUAGAGUUUAGAGGUGAAAGGGCGAAAACCAAUUUUCCUAUUUCAGAAUAUACUGCUAGGGCGAUCAAUGAUGAGAUUAACAAGUUGACUAGUGUAGUAACGGAAGAAGAGAGAGAAUUAUUAGUACAAGUCCUUAAUGGUGGUGACGUGGCUGUUAAUGGUGAAAAUAGUAGUACUAUGCAAGAUGGUGAUGAAGACGACUUUUGGGAGACGUUAGAAGAUGAUGGACUUGUCAAAUGGAUAUGUUCGGCUUAGGUUUUUCUGUAUGAUGAAAAAUAUAUUUAUUUCUUUGGGUUUUGUUUUUUCGUUUGCUUCAACUUCAAUUGCGUGGCUACUAAGGAGUGAUAGGCAAUAUCUUGUAGGCGAGUAUUUAUUAAUGUU